AUGCAGUUAUUUCUUCUUCGAGCCGUGUGCUUCGAUUGGCAGCCGGCCCCUCAGGAGGCCUGGUCCGACGGGGAUGGCAACAGCUGCAGGUACUAUGAGCGGGAGCUGCUGGUCAGAGGCACCUGCUCCGAGUCUGCGAACGACGGGAUGACGGCCAUCCAGGCCUGCUGCGUCUGCGGCGGCGGGGUCAGCCGGACCGACGCCGUGACAUCCCCAAACCUCCGGCGACUCGACACUUUCGAGGCUCGGGGCCCCGGAACCUUUCGACGGGGGUCAGCCACUCGGCAACCUGAGUGCUGCUGCAGAGCCACUCGGCCAGAGCGUCAAUUCAUGGUAUGA